GCCACCUUCCUCCCGGCAGCCUCGAACGUGCCGUCUGCCGAUAGCGUCCCACUCCUGGGCAACUACAACUCCCAAUCCAGCGUCCACGUUAAUAUGGCUGCGAUGAUUGGCGACGUCUUUGCGGAGCCCUCGUCGCGAUUCCAUAGCAUGAUCGGUGGGCAUUCACAGCAUUCACACGACGUCCGCUACCAGAGCCGAUCCGUGAGCCGAUCUCGCGACCGGGAUGCCCAGUCCCACCACGCACGCCCAACGGCAAGCCCAAGGAGGCAAAACUCUGUAUCGCUGACCGGCGCCCAGGGAGUCGCUCAAGGCAGGCGAGACUGGAACGAAGCAUCACAAGAAAGGAGUGGCCAUCAGAGUGGUGCGGCUGCGCGGUUGCCGUCCCCGCCAUCCUCGUCGUCAUCCUCAUCCGAAACGUCAAGUUCUGCACCCCCGCGAUAUGAGGUCCUGGCGGACGGCGCACACGACUACGCGGCCGGGCCCUUCUCUGCCUCGUCCUCGAGCGCCUCCUCGGCGAGUACGGCCGCGACGGUGAUACCGCCCCCUCCGAGGGCCAUACCCUCCCCGGAUUCAGGGAGUGGUCCCUGCUGGGCCUCUUCCAACAAUCAGGCCGCCGGCCCUAGUUCUAACCCCGUGCCUGCCGACGAGCCGCCCGAACCUCCGAUACAGAUGCAGACGACGAUACGGGUCCGCGAUCUGGCCCACAUCCAGAGCCUGGCGCGAGCAGAUCUCCUCACCACCACUGCGCCGGGGAUUCUAAACGACCCGCCAUUACAACAGAUGAAAUACGAGAUUAGCGGCAUGCCCAUUGGUGAUAUCAUUGAGAUGGUCGCCGCCUUGCUCACCAAGAUUACCACCACCAACGACCUGCAACACGACGCGCUGAACCGCAAUGCACACCACCUCAGACAAGCUCAAGCACAAGCAAGGGGCGAGGAUGGAGGCCCUGAGGGCAACAUCAGCCCGCUAAGCAGCAGCGUUCUAGCAUUUCACGGCAAAAACGUUCCAGCCAUUACCAUUCUGAGCUACUUGAGCCGGAUCCACAAGUACUGCCCGACGACAUACGAGGUGUUUCUAAGUCUGCUGGUCUAUUUUGAUCGGAUGACGGAGCGGGUCAACGACAUUGUUAUGAAGAGCGAGGAGGCGCGGCGGCAGCAGCUCGAGGCCCAACACCAACUACAGAUGCAGACGCAGGCGGCAGCGGCCGGUGCUGCCGGCGACUUGAAGACAGCUGCGCCACCAAUCAGAGGCAGUGACAGGGACACGACGAUGCGCGAUGACGAUGACGACUCCCAGAGUGACGAGACCGACUCUGACCUUGCGGACGAUACUAGUUCGGACGCGGACGAGCAAAGAAGAGCCGUGAGCGAGAGCGAGCGACCAUCCGUUUCGGGUGGCAAGACCAAUGCGGCGCGUUCCAACACUGCCGCUGCCGUUGCCGCCGCCCACGCCACGUAUUUUGUUGUUGACAGCUUCAAUAUUCAUCGCUUAAUCAUUGCCGGCGUUACAUGUGCUAGCAAGUUCUUUUCGGAUGUUUUUUAUACUAAUUCGCGAUAUGCAAAGGUUGGCGGACUUCCCCUCGCCGAACUUAAUCAUCUUGAACUGCAGUUCCUGCUGCUAAACGACUUCCGCCUGGCUGUGCCUGUGGAGGAUCUAGAGGCGUAUGCCACCAUGCUGGUGGAGUUUUAUGCUCGUGAGGUGAUCGCCCAAAGGUCGAGGCCUGUUGUUGGCGUUGAUUGAUAUCGCACACUUAGAUGUCCUGUGCGCUUUUCGCUUGCCCGCUCCAUGGAGUGGAGUGGAGGAUAGACGUCGGGCUCCUACCGGGUUUUUCUCAAUUUGAUCGGGGUUUGGACUGGGUGAUCAUCGUUUGGGGGCUGGAGAAUGGAAGACGGGCAUGAGGGCGUUUCUUUCCCUUUUAUCUAGUUUUGCCUCCCCCUUCCAACUAGACGGGUAGGACGGUCGGUCUAAGGAGAUGGUACGGGUUACGUAUCGCGGCCUGCUAGUAAAUCAGAAACGCCAGACGAGGUUAAAGAUGGUUCUUGGGUGUGUUAGUUAGUUACUGAUGGCCUCUUCCCUGUAUGGGUGGAGGUCGGAGGGUGAGACGGAUAAGGGGAGGAGAAUACUAUUGGGUUUAAUUCAGAAUAUCGGACUCGAGGCGAACAAUUGGACCCUAUCUGUGACGAGU